AUGGAUCCCGGUUACUUUGACAUUGAGAGGAAGCAAAACCCGCGUGAGAAGGCCAACUUGUUCUCAAAGUUGUGUUUCUGGUACACCCGUCCAAUAUUUCAAAAAGGCCGAAAGGGACAACUCAGUAUUUCAGAUAUAUACAGAUGCACUCCAGGGCAUCGAGCAGCGCCGCGGGGAGAUGUAAUGGCCGAGCAGUGGAAACACCAGAAGCAAAAACAAGAUAAAACCAACAAACCGUCAUUGUUAAGAACCAUAGUCAAAAUAUAUGGCGCCAAAUUUAUCAUAGCAAAUUUGAUAUUUGCGUGUAUAGACGCCGGUAUAAGAUUGUCAAUACCGAUGUGUUUAGAAGGCCUUAUAAAUUAUUUUUCACCAUCGCACGCAGGAGUCACGUCCACCGAGGCGUAUCUGUACGCAUUGGGCGUAGUUGGAUUAAUGGCAAUAAACGCCAGUAUGAUACAUCCGAUGUUACUCUGGUUGCUGACCAUGAGUAUGCAGAUAAGGGUUGCGUGUUGCUCUCUCAUAUACAGAAAGCUUCUCCGUUUGGACCUGACGACCGGAGGCAAGGCGUCCGAAGGCCUGGCGGGCCACGUAAUCAACCUUUUGACCACGGACGCCCAGAGAUUCGAUAUGGCCAGCCUGUUCAUGGUGGACCUGGUCCGGACGCCCAUAGAGAGCGUGCUCAUCGUCUACCUCAUGUAUCGCCAAAUCGGUGUCGCCACGCUUAUUGGAGUUUCCUUUUUGCUUUUGUUUAUACCGUUGCAAGGAUACCUUGGCAACAUUUCAAGUAAGCUCCGUCGCCAGACGGCUGUGCGGACCGACAAUCGUAUUCGUCUCAUGAAUGAAGUGAUACAGAGUAUAGAAGCGAUCAAGAUGUACGCCUGGGAGAACGCGUUCAUUAGGAUCAUCGGGCAGGCAAGAAAAAAAGAAAUGAACGUAAUCAAGAAAAUGUCGUGGCUCCGCGCCGUGAUGAUAUCCUGCGUGAAACUCAACACUAAAGUGGCAAUCUUCAUCAGUAUCAUCUCUUUCCUCUCCUUCCAAAACGACCUCACAGCGUCGAAGGUCUUCGUCAUCUUCUCCUACUACGAUAUACUUAAGUACACGUUGGUGGACUUUCUUCCCAUGGCUAUUACGUUUACCCUGGAGGCGUAUGUCAGUGUUAAAAGAAUGCAGGAGUUCCUAUUGCUCCCUGAGGUGAAUAAUGAGGACAACGUUAAUCUGGUGAAGAUAGAAGACAGUACGAAUGCUGUUCAUACGAAUGGAGUAUUUGAGAAGAUUGGCAACGGGCAGCAAGCUUAUAUAACAUCAGAGUCGAACUUGGAGAGACUGAAGCCAGCCGUACUCGUCAGUUUCAAGGACUAUACAGCUCAUUGGCGGAACGUGGAAGACGAGUCUAUAGAUGGAAAAGUGGCAGCGCUGUCUGGAAUCAAUUUGACUAUAAAACCAGAGAGCUUGACCACCAUAUUGGGCGUGGUGGGAUCAGGCAAGUCCACACUACUACAAGCCAUGUUGCGCGAGCUGGAGUCCAGCUCUGGGCAGUUGGAGGUGCAGAGCGUCAUCUCGUACGCAGCACAGGAUCCGUGGCUCUUUGACGCUUCGGUUCGUCAGAAUAUCCUCUUCGGUCAGGAGUUGGAUUUGCGUCGAUACAAGCAGGUGAUAAAGUGCUGCCAGCUAAAAAGUGAUCUAGACAUAUUGCCUCAUGGAGAAAAGACCAUUGUUGGGGAGAGAGGUGCGUCGUUGUCGGGCGGGCAACGCGCUCGUGUAUCUCUGGCGCGUUGCGUGUAUCAAAACGCCGACCUUUACUUGUUGGACGAUCCGUUAGCGGCCGUCGAUGCCAAAGUGGCGCAAGCGAUCUACGAGGAGUGCAUCCGCGGGUUCCUGCGCGACAAGGCGGUGGUGCUGGUGACGCACCACGUGCAGUACGCACGCCAUGCGGACACCGUGUGCGUCAUGCGCGCGGGCCGGAUUGUCGCGCAAGGAUCAUACCAUGAACUUAAGAACGGUGUACCAGAAUUCGAGAAGCUGAUAGAAAUGGGUGAGCGCGUGGAAGGCGAGAAGCAGAAACAAAAAGUCGCCUAUGAGAAACACGAAAGUGUUGAUAACAUGCACAAACUUCGCUCGCAGCGGUCGAUGUCCGUAGUUUCACAGUUGUCCUUCAAUAUGGAUCUCGACAACAAUUUGGAUCCUACGUAUGAAGGUGAAAAUCAGAACAAAGGGUCCGUGGACAACAGUGUGUAUCUGGCGUACAUCAAGAGCGGUGGAAGCUUGUGGUCCAUGACUUUACUGUUUACGCUGUUCUUGCUGGCUCAAGUCUUCUAUUCUUCUACUGAUAUUUGGCUGAAAGAAUGGGUUAAUAUGGAAGAGCAAAAUAGUGCUUAUAUACUCGCAGGCGCGAAUCGAACAAAUGAUUCAUCUGUAGCUCCACCAGCAGACUUCCAACACAUCCCGGCGAACUAUUUCCACCUGACACGAGAGCAGUGCGUGUACAUCUACGCGAGUCUCAUCGGCAUCUGCAUAUUCUUCACGUGGAACAAGCUGGUCGUGUUCUACAACAUUUGCAUCAGGGCCUCCAUCACACUGCACGACAAUAUGUUUAGAGGGGUGACGAACGCACCGAUGUGGUUCUUCCACCACAAUCCAUCCGGUCGCAUAUUGAAUCGUUUCUCGAAGGACAUGGGCCAGGUGGACACUUUGUUGCCCGUCGCCUUAGUUGACUGCCUUGGGUUCUUCCUAGAGGUGGUUUCGAUUCUUGUCGUCGUGUGCUUAGUCAACUGGUGGCUACUACUGCCCACAGCUGUAGUGGCCGUCCUCCUGCAUCUGCUGAGGAAUCUCUUCCUGAACACCAGUCGCGAGCUGAAGAGGAUUGAGGCUAUAGCUCGUAGCCAAAGUCUCAACCACGCCGCCGCCACGGUGUCCGGUCUGACGACGAUACGUUCGUGCGGUGAGCGGCAACGGACCCUGGCCCGCGAGUUCGACAAGCUCCAGGACCUGCACAGCUCCGCCUGGACGCUGGUGCUCGACACCAACCGGGCGUUCGGAUUCUGGAUGGACAUGGUCUGCUGUCUCUAUCUGGCCUUUGUCACAUUCAGUUUCUUCUUGUUUGUCAGUGCUGACACCAUGGGUGGUAGCGUCGGUCUAGCAAUAACGCAAGUGAUUGGAUUGGUCGGAAUGUGUCAGUACGGCAUGAGGCAGACGGCUGAAGUAGAGAACCAAAUGACAUCGGUUGAAAGAAUAUUGGAAUACACCAAUCUACCAGCGGAGAAACCGGUAGACGUGGACGAAAAGGCACUAAAAGCUGAACACCCCGGCUUAGACUUUGACAAGUGGCCAAGUAAAGGAGAAAUCAUCUUCGAAGACGUAUCGUUAGAGUACGAGAAACCUCCAAAGAAAGAUCAAACUCCGACAGAACCAACUCCCAAAAUAGAGGAGCCAGCGUACGCGAUACGGGGAGUGAACUUCAGUGUGAAAGCCGCGGAGAAGGUGGCCGUCGUGGGCAGGACUGGUGCCGGCAAGAGCUCGCUCAUUGCUGCGUUGUUCAGACUUAGCAAGGUGUCGGGACGUAUAACAGUGGAUGGAGUGUGUGCGGAGCAAGCAGGUCUCCGAGCGUGGCGCUCGCGUCUGUGCGCGCUGCCGCAGCGUCCCGCAUUGUUCGCCGCCACGCUGCGUGACAAUCUGGACCCCGAGGGCCGCUAUACCGAUGCCCAGAUAUACGGCGCCCUAGAACAGGUGGAGCUGCGGGAAGCAGUGUCAGCGAUGCCCGCUGGUCUGAUGACGCGCGUGGGCGACGGCGGCGGCAACCUGUCGUCUGGGCAGCGGCAGCUCGUGUGCCUGGCGCGCGCCGCGCUCGCCAACUGCGCCGUGCUCGUGCUGGACGAGGCCACCGCCAACGUCGACACAGAAACGGAUAAACACAUCCAGGCCACAAUUAGGACCAAGUUCGCCAAUUCGACGGUGCUCACCAUCGCGCAUCGUCUCAACACCGUCAUGGACUACGACCGCGUCAUUGUCAUGGACAAAGGUCAUGUGGUAGAAUCAGGUCACCCUUACGAAUUGUUAACACAAAGCAUCGGUCAGAAAACAGAGCUUCCACCGAGGAGAUCGCUGCUGUCUAAGAGUCAAGCGCCUCUUGCCAUCCCGGAAAACUUCCCCUACGACGCGACGUCUGAAAGGCAGGAAGAACUGAAUGAGACCUUCAUAGUCUCCAGAGAUAGAAUACGUACUUACUCCAAUAGGUCUGAAAUGAGCGAUCAAGAGGGAGGAAUAUUCAAGGUCUUGGUUGAACAAACUGGACCAGAGACGGCCGCAUUGCUUUAUCAGAUGGCGGAAGAGAGUUAUAAAAAGAUGCAAGAAGAGAAUAAGAAAACCUCGUGA